UUAACGUGAAAGAUGGAGGUGGAAACAGGAAGGCCGUAUUUCUUCGGUGAUAUCGGCUUCUGGUCAGAGAGGACAGAGGUCCACAAGGCUGCGUAUCGAGGCCACGUGUCCCAUCUGCAGAGUCUGAUCCAGAGUGGAGCUUCAGUGAAUAUAGUAGCUGUCGACUCCAUCACUCCUCUGCAUGAGGCGGCUAUCCGAGGACAGACGCAGUGUGUGAGGCUGCUGCUGGACGCCGGAGCGCAGGUGGAUGCGAGGAACGUGGAUGGCAGCACUCCUCUGUGUGAGGCCUGUUCUGCUGGGAGCUCUGAAUGUGUGCGGCUUCUCCUCGAGUACGGGGCAAAGGUUAACCCCGCCCUUACCUCUCGCACCACCUCCCCACUACACGAGGCCUGCAUAGGAGGAAAUGCCGAGUGUGUAAAGCUCGUGAUAGCGAAAGGAGCCAGUCUGGAAGCCUAUGAUCUGUACAGCGGCACUCCACUUCAUGUAGCCUGCGCUAACCAGCACCUGGAGUGUGUCAAGGUGCUACUCAAUGCAGGAGCGAAAGUAAACUCGGUCCGACUGCAUGAGACAGCACUACACCACGCAGCAAAGGCCAACAACGUAGAAAUGAUCGAGCUUCUAGUGGAGUUCGGGGCAAACAUCUACGCCAAAGAUAAACACGAGAGGAAACCCGUUGACUACACCAGGCCUGACACACCAGCUGCUCUCUGUCUGCAGCUUUACGAGAGUUGUCCUCUGUCUCUGCAGCAGCUGAGCCGUAUCACACUGAGGCAUGUCCUGGGCACCAGAGCGCUGCAGGUCAUCACCAACCUGAACCUUCCCAAUUUCAUCAUUCGCUACCUCUCAUACCUGUGAGAUCUCCACACACACACACACACACACACACACACACACUCAGGGUAGGUGUGACUCAGAGCUUCAGUACACCUUCAACAAGGUUAUAUUUCUUACCUUUUCAUCUUAUUUCUUAUCUUUCCUUAUAUUUGUUGUCUGAAUAUUAUUCGUAAGGACGUUCAUGAUGCGCUUGAAUACGCUUAUAGCACAUCUUGGUCUUUGAAUAUACAGUACAAACCAACUGCACAAUUAAAACAUUAACUGUUGUAAUUAUCAGAGCAAAGCACUUAAGACAUCCUCAAAGCUGUUUAGUGGUAAAAGCCAGAGGACAGAAGUAUAUGAUUGUACCAGCUGUCUGCACUCAGGAACUUCUCUGAAUGCAAUACGUGAGACUCAGAAGUGGCAGUACAUUAGUUACCUUGACUACAGCUGUGUAGCGUGAACAACACUCAACCAGCCUGAAGCAGAUUCUGGCAGCUUCAUCCGAAACACUCCACAGACCUGACGGCAUGCUGUGUUUUAGCACGGCACGCGUGUGAAUGUAAAUGCACAAGGACCGAUGAUGUGCUCAGACUGAGAGAUUGCAGGCCCACUCAGAUCUGCAUCCCUAUUUUGGAAAUAUCCACAUUCUUUCCAUAUCACAAUUUAGAUUCUGUGCGUUUGUGGUGUAUUAUUGUCCUUGUAUGUUACUUUACAGCAAUUUUGCAGCAUCUGUUGGAUGAAAAUAUUAUCACGAUAUUUAGGUUUGUUAACAACGUGCCUGCAAAAUAGCAAUGAACCUAUUUUAAAUCCUGAGAAAAUUGAUUCUGACUUCCAAUCAGGAACUUUUUAGGUUUCGCUACCAAUAUAGAGGGAUUUAAUAAAAAAAAAAAAAACGUAGUGUUUUUCAGACUGUUUAAUAUUUUAUAAGUGAGAUACUGUGUAGCAUAUCUAGACCUGUAUUAUUUUAGCAUCUAGCUUUUGAACACUGCAGUAAGAGGACAAACAACCACACGUUUCUACAGGAACAACAUAAAUAGAUUUUAAACCCAAGCAUGAUUGUUGACAUGGUGAUGUUUUCUGUAAGGAGAUGUUUAUUUCACAUUUUUGGAAGGAGUCUCCAGUGUUAGCACUAUAUAACAGUCAGAGGUAAAGCUAUAACUUUAAAGGCUGAAUUAUAUUCGCUUUUAUCUACACGUACGCAAGAUGGCUGCUGCAUGUAUAAUGCGGUUGUUUGGAGCAUUACUUGUGCAUGUCCUCAGACAGCCACGGGAAGGUGUUUUAUGACAUUUUUAAGCAGCAUAUAUGUUGCGUUCGUUGACUCGAGUCUUGUGGACGCUCCACAACAUUAAACAGUUAAAAAAAAGUGAGCUGUGUUGUUCAUUAGUAAUAUAAAAAUUGUAAACAUUGGUAAAUCAAAGUGGUAUAAGGGGAAUACUAUCUCUGACAUACAAACUCAAACUACUCAAAAUACUCAGUUUUACAGUUUGUUUAUAUUUUUAUUUGCUUAUCAUUCUUAUUAUUAUGUUAGCAGUUGCAGUGAAAGGAAUUCUGAAAUUUGUGGGAGCUGCAGCACACUCAGCGCCCCUACUUCCCUCAUCCUUGUCCUCAGAAAUAUAAGCGUAUAUCAGCGUGAAUAGCAGCGGCGGUACAGCACAUGUGACACUGUGUCCGCGACUCACUAAACAAACUAGCAUUGUGUCACAAAUCACAUGCUUGUGUACUAUUCUGCACAGUUAUUGAGUACUGGGUUUCCUAUUACAUUUAGUGUUUGAAACAUAAAAACGUCUCAUGCAGCCUUCAAACCUACCGAAAGGUCUGUUUUGCGUACCAAUCUUCUGGAUUUUCUAGAUUAUUAAAAACUAUUGAAUGUAAGGUCAGAGAUUUCAAUGACACAGAUCAUGAAAACAAUCAUGACAACGGUGGAAAGUUUAAAAAAUAGCCAGAGCUCAUCAGGCUGUUUAACAUCUCUGUGCAUGAAAUUAUUUUGCUGUUCUACUUGGAAUUAAGAUGGACAGGGAUGUUCCAUGUUUAACACAUGCCAUCUAGUGGUCAUAGCUUUUAAUCUUCUAGAUGUACAUAAGCUAUAGAGGCGAGUAUGUCAGUUUUGCUGCUCACGUUGCUGCUGCUUCUUCAUGCACGUGCAAAGUCACGUGUAUAAACCAUCAUUAAGUUUUCCGUCAUUGGGGGAGUCUUCACUAUGGAGGACUUUGUGCUUUUUCAUUUCUCUGUAACAUAUCAAGCUGUGUUUUUUGUCUUAUUAACUUCAAGAGAAAGAAAAAAGAGGCUGGUGAGGGAAGGAUUGUUUAUAGCUGCUAUAAUAGAAGUGAUGAAAAGGAGCUAACUUAUUGUAACUAAUUAUUAAUGGGUAAGAAAGUAGGUUGUAGUUUAAUUACUAAAAUUAUUUAGAAGUUACCUGUGGUAUAAGAGGAGUAAGUCACUUCAAGAUAUGCUGUUAUAGAAAAAUAAUCCACUUCAGAGUGGUAACAUUAUUACCAUUAACGUUAACUCCAACACCCCAAAGUUGAUUAUUCUUACACAGUGCUUGCACUUUUUAGCUUUCAGUUGUAGAAAUAAAAUGAUCAGUGUGCCAAUGCUAAUAUCAUCAGAACAAAAUCCUAUAUCUAACUAGAGCUCAGUUUAUUGCCUAUCCCUAACCACCAGUGCAUUGCCAUAUAGAGGCUUUCAUCAUAGCACAUUUCACACAUGCAGUAUUUUCAGGCACUACGUAUUUAAGCACUUGGCUUAUUUCACACAAUUUAUGUUCCAAAAUACUCUCCCACUCAUGGACCUACUGCUCACAUUCUCUAUUUAUUGUAUUUUCUGGAAUGUCAGUGCAGUGUUUACAAUAUUAGCUCAUAAUUGAACCUGAAGCACUAAUCUAGUGCUCUAAAACUGUGCUCUAAUCUAGUGCCAGUUGUAAUUGGUGCCUGUGACCCAAGGGACAGGCAUUGAAAAGUAGAUUUGAAAAUUUUCAGACUUGUGAUAUUGUGCCAUAAUGAACCAUCAUGGGUCGUUACUGACCAAGAUUAAAGGAGCGGUCACACCGGAUUUACUCCUCACUAUUUUAUCCGCCUGGGUGGGACAAAAACAAGGCAAUUACAGCAACCUCAUAUUUCUUCAAUGUCAACAGCAAUGCUUCUGGACAUAUAAAAAAAGCAUUCUAAUUUUUUUAAUGACAGUUUCUUUGCAUUAAUAUUUAAAAUCUUUUGAUAGUUUCAAUUUCUGUUCAGCGUUUUGAGAAAAAAAUAGUAUUAAAGGUUAUUAAAGUUUAUUAAAAGUAUUAGUCUUGUAAGAAGGAUAGGUAGAGGAUAAAUAAGUUGUUUCUUCAAUUUUUUUGAGCAUGAAAUUUUAAUCCUUAUGUGUAAAAUGUGUUGUAUAAAAUUGAUGAUUGUACUGAUUUAAGAAUCAGCCUGGUCUGCUUAAUGCAUCAUCUAUCUACUAAUGAAUGAUCAUUUUUAUCCACUUAGGCCUCUGCAUUUCCCUCGUCUCGGUACUUUAAUUGAUUUUAUGGUAUUAAUAAUUGAUUAAUUGAAUCAGGCUGUUCUUCCAGGCUCAUGAAGUUCUUUCUAUCCUUCUAAUGCAUGCACAUCCACAAAUCUCUUCUGCCCUUUUCUCAUAAACAACUUGAAAAGAGUUUAUAAAUAACUGACCGCACAGAAAUAGCUCCAAAAUUGUCCUUGUGUAGUUUUGAGUGGAGAAAAUGAGCUUUUUCCUUUUCUGGUCUGAUCUGCAGGCCCAGAAGGGAACAUGGCACAUUGGCACUUUUCUAAACAGACAUGAAAAAGGGUGCUCGAUAUAGAUUACUCUAUAAUAUGACGAGCUGCAUUUUUUUUGUCUUAUUAACUUUAAGAUAAAAAAAAGAGAGAGAGGCUGGUGAGGAAACGACUGUUUAUAGCUGUUGUAAGUGAUGACAGGAACUUGCUUCGUGGAUGUUCCACAUCGUGUAACUAUAAACAGAUCAAAAUCGUUGACUAAAAAAAGUUGCUGUGGUAUAAAAAGACUAGAAAACAGUCUAUAAAUAACUGGCACAUCGGAAAUAGGUCCAUUUCUCCUCAUUUAGCUUUGAGUGGACAAAAUGAGUUUUUUCCCUUUUCACCUCUGAUCUGUAGGGUCAAGAGGGACGAACAGGGCUUAAUAAAUUCCUAUUGAGUUGAUCCAGGUGUAAUAGAGUGUAGACAGAGAGAAAAUAUGGGGAAAUAAAUGUCCUGUACAUUGACUCAAAUCCAGAAUUAUUGGCACUCUUCAUGAAAAUGAUGAAAACACAUACAGUAGGUGAUAUUUAGAGGUUAAAAAUAUGGGGAUGUUUUCUUAACUAGUGCAUUAUUUUCUGAACAGCACUGAUUUCAUCAUUACUGGCAGCACCACAAUUAAAAUUUGAUGAAGCCAGGUGGAGAGAAUAAACAGCUGUUCUGUGAACUGUUUUUUGGGGGGUUCGGGGCCUCUCCAUCAUGCAGUGUUCUCAUGCAUCCUCUUCCUGGCAAAUGUUCAAAUUUUCAACAGUUCCAGACUUUCAGCAUAUAUGUAGGUUUUUUUGUGCAGGAUGACUGAGAUGUGAGCAACAUAAUGAUCAAAAGCAACAGUAGAUUUUCUAGACACCAAGAGCAUUUUGUUGCAUAACAGUUUGCAUGUAUUUAUUUUAAAUAUUCCUUAGGUGUGGCAAUUAUUUUGCCAUGUUUGUAAGAAACAAUACUAUUAAUUAAAAGCUAUUUGGAGUGAUGGUUUGAUGUUAGAGAAAAGCUAAGUGUAGGAGCAUUUGCACAAGAAAUGUAUUGUUCAUGAAAAGCCAGUUCGGAAAAACGUUUGUAUCCUACGAGAGCACCUGAGUUUGUGUAAAUUCUAAAGAGACUCACUAAUGUAAUCCUCAAUUGGCUUCAAAACAUAAUAUUGGUGAUGAGUUAAUAUAUUAAUGACAAAUUAAUAUAUGGAUUAUACUGUCAGGUUUAAAUUUGUGUUUCAGUUACACGCAUGGAUUUACUGCAAUCUGAAUCAUAUCCAUAAAUUAGGAAAAAAGUAACAGCACCCUAUAACAAGAGAUACAGUUGGUGUGUGUCACACUGCAGUGGCUGAGCUGCAUUACUGGAAAAUUUAAUACAUGGUGCACUUAGGUGCUCUUUCACUGUUUACUCCUCAUUUGUUGUUUUAAGCUUUCUGUGUAAAUCAGCAAUGUAGUGAACAUGCAUGUAAUUUACAGAUAAAUUGGCGUUUAUCAAUAUAUGCACACAUGAGUACAAAGAAAAUCAGAUUAACUCUGGUGGGAAUUUUUAUUUCAGUUUGGCCUACGAACAUUUUUGUGCAGAAAGUUACAAAAAUCAUUCUCAUGAUGUGUGGCAAUUAUUCUGAAAUUGACUCACCAAGAUCAUGUAAGGGGAAAAAAAAAAAACAA